GCGUUGAAUGGACUCAAUUUACAUUGGAUCGGCUUUGUGGAAUCACUUUGUACUCCGUCCUUUGUCCGAGAGGGAUGGCUUCGCCACACAUUGGACGCCAGUGCUAGUUGAUUCCACACCACCACCACUACCAUCGGCAUCGCUCCACUGCUCCAGCGGGCUGAGGAUAGGGGGAUGAGGGUCCCUCUUUCAGAGCAUGGUGUAAUACUAGGAAUGCUUAUCUCAAGGUCUUCAUGUUCACUCUCAGGAUAUCUUAUAUUGAAGGAAUAUUUUACCCAACUCUUUCAUGAGCCACUGGAACUCCUGUAACUGCUUCAUCAUUUUCGAUUUAUCUUCCCGCUCAUCAUCAUCAGGUUGUCUGGCGGAAAAAAGAUGAGUAUGCCGAGAGUAGACGCUGACUGGCCCAUCACCAGUGUAUAGAGAGAGACAAGCCGGUAUCACUCCAUUUAGAUCUAGCUCCACCCGGAGACGGUUACCAUGGCGCAGGCAAUGAUGCGGGGGAUGGCCGACGGUGGACCGAGGGAGGGGUACACCAUUGAGAACUACUAUGCCCAGGCUCCAGGUCACCAUCGCUCUCGUAUACCAGUCCGUUAUGGCUAUGCCAACACCAACUCCAGCAAUAGCAACAGUCUUGAGGUGAAUGGAACCUCGGAUGUUGAUCUGUCUCAAGUCCAGCGGUGUGAAUGCUGUCCGUACGGCUACCACAUUGAUCUUGACUUUGUCAACUUCUGCGAAGACAUCUCUUCUGGUGCCAACUUGAAGAAGAUCAAGAAGACAAAGCGAUCCCGGUCACGCAAUGCAGUGAAAAGCAUUCGCCCCCCACCACCGCUCAUUCCACCGCGGAGUAGCUCCCUGCCCCCCAAGAGGCCCAAGAAAUCGAAGGAGAAGUUAGAACCAGAUAAGAUCCUUGAAAAGGAAAAUGCAGCAUUUUGGAAGAUUUACCAGCAGUUUGCAAAGCUGUUGCGGAAAGAGUCCAAGUUUGAGGAUUUGAACCUGCCAGCAGUGGAAGCAAGUUUUCUGGAUACCCAGAGUUUGCCACCCGAGGGUUAUGACCAAAGCUUGAGUGAUCUUGAGACGGAGAGUGUCACAUCGCUCCCUCAGGGGUAUCCUCCUGAGAUGGAGCGCAGGAGUAGUCUUCCAAGCUAUCAGGUUCUUCAGGAUGCUCUCAAUAACAAGAUGGACAUCUACAAUAGCAACGUCAAUGGUCCUCUUUCUAUCUCCAACCUGAUUUCCAUGUCCCAUCAGAGUGGCUCCACCAGUUCUCUCUCCUCUACGGGAAGUUCAAGUGCUUUCUCCCCCAUUCCCAAUGGAGGUUCUUACACAGAUAUUGACUACAUGAAGCGGCCGUUGAGUAGCGCUUCCAGUAUAGGGGAACUGUCCACUGCAUCAGGGCGAUCCACGCCGUCAUCUAUCAGCACAAAUGCAUUGUCAGCUGUUAGACAGCAGAUGGCUACAGCUCUGUUACGCCUAAAGCAGCUUGAAGAACAGGUCAAGGCUAUCCCAGUCCUCCAGGUCAAGAUCUCUGUCUUAAAGGAAGAAAAACGGUUACUUAUGUUGCAGCUGAAAUCAAAGAGCAAGGAGAGGCACCUUCGACAUGUUGGUGUCUGUGAUGGCGUCGUUGAGGUCGAUGGGGUGAUAACAAUCAAUGGAGAUUCGUCCACCCCAUAUUAUGAGCUUCCCAAUAUUGACAUGGUUCCUACAAGUGUAAGGUCACCUAAACCCACUCGCCCCUUCAGUCCUGGUAGCCCAGGUAGAUCACCCUCUCCAAGGUUUGGCUUCCAUGGUGGAAGGGCUAGUAGCCCUGGACCAGCAUCCCCUGGGGUGACACGUCGCACCAGUAGCCCUGGUCCUCUAAGCCCUACACCAUCUUCCCCUCAACAUAGACUCAUGUCCCCUUUGAAAUCACCACAGCACAGAACGCAGGGACCUCCCACAUCCCCCAAGCCGUCAAUUCCAAAAGGGAAACCCAACCCACCCCCUGUCCCACCAAAGAAAGCCUAUGUAACACCUGUUCCAAGGGCCAAGGCAGAAACUAGAUCAGUGGGUGUGGAUGCUAACAUGAUCACCGCAUUGAAAUCUCCUGAGACAAAAUCCAUUGGGAUCAACGUGGAUUUAAUUUCAGAAGUGGAGAAACCAAACACUGCAAAGGUCAUUGAGAGGAAAAGCAAGAUGCAGCCGGUGAAAUUGUCAAGCGUUCAUUUACGCACUGUUCGCAGCCUGUCAGCCUGGGAUAAUAAACGGAGCGUGAAUGGCUUAGGGGGCAGUGCCGAUCCUAAGAAGGCUGGGAGCGAGGGAAAUGGUUCAUCAGCUGAUGGAGAGGCAGGGGGGAAGGGGGUAAUCAGGGAGGGUCUGAUUACACCAAUCAGGGUUAAUAAUGUCUCCUCCUCCUCACCUGGUUCUAACGCUGACUCAACCAGUGAACACCCAACUUCAACAUUAACCAGCUUCACAACCUUGUUACCUCAAUCACCCUCCACAGCUAACACAUUGCAGCAGGACUGCAAUGAAAGACUUAUUUCUCCCGCCACUCUAAAUACACAAACCUACACAGCACCCCCUUCGCACCAUCUAGCCACUGCCAAGAAUGUUUGUGAACGUGGCACGGUGACGGACAAUAUCCAAACCAGGAUUAUGGGAACUAACACCAAACCACCUGUUUCAGCCAAGCGUUCGGAUGCGAACAUCGGUACCGACCUGCAAGGCAGCUCAACAUCGAAGACUGAUGCGUCAGUUACUGCAAGGAUACAACCAAGCAAUAUGCAAUCUACUGAAACGGAAGUGAUCGAGAUGGUGGAGUUUGGAGCCAAUACGUCGGUCAAAUGUGAGGAAAGCGGAGUCAAUACGGUCAACAUCUUGACCGAAGAGAGGGGGACGUGUCCUGGACUGUCUUUUGACAAUGUCCGGUAUUUUAAAUCGGUUGUGGGUAUAGACUCUGGGUUCAGUACUGCUGAGAAAGGUGUGGAAGCUCUCCCUGAAAGAAGCCCAUGCCAAGAUUCCUUUACCAGUACUGAAAUCACAGAGGCUAAGGAUAGUGAUACGAACACUGAAAAUGUUAAACUUGUGACAAGCUCAUGCAAUACAGAGAGGCAAGCUGAAUAUGUGGAUAGUUGCGUUGGGGACGAUAUUGACUUAAAUGACAUUAUCUGCUGCCGGAAAGUAGAUACACACACCAUCGGUACUAAUACUAGCCAAAUGUUGGAGUCGAGGUCACGGACAGUCGGUGUAGGAUUGUGCUCGGUGGCUGAUAGCUAUUGCGUGAAGUGUGAUAAUAUCCAGACAAGAACAAUAGGAAUCGGGGGAGGGAGAGUAUCUGAGAGUACCACAAGAACACGUACAAUAGGGACAAAUCACAGCGUGCUCUCAAAGACAAUCGGCGUUGGAUCCGACAUCGUUUGUGAUCCUAAAUCACUGCUUGGUUCUGUCAAUGUGGCAGUGGGAGACCGUGAUGUGAAUGAUGCAAUGUGUAAUCUUUGUGAUAAAAAACAGCAAAGGACAAUCGGCUUGGGGAUAAGGAUACCCACCCGUGAUGCUGCCAUCGGAGACGGACCCGUCCUUGACCAAAGGAACAUUGGUAUUGGACUCUGCACUGUCAUGGAUAGAAUCUGUGACAGGUGUGACAACCUGAAAACUGUUUCUGUUGGUAUCGGUAGUUCCGAUGUCAACCGAUACACACAUUCGCGUUCCAUCCAAGUUGAUGAGGUUUCUCCAGACUCUGCAAUAGUGGCUCCUCUGUGCUCAAGCCCAACCAAGUUCGGGCUUACCACGUUUGCGAGGCUCUACAGCGAUGAGAAUGACUCUGUAUUCUUGACGGAAACAUCGUCGGAUGUUGCGACUGUGGAAUCUAGUGUUGAGGAUGUUGAUGAUGCUCCUCCAACGACAACCUUUGCGGAGAUGAUGGAUGAGGAGAUAAAACCAGCUGACUUCCAACAACUUCACCAUGCUUUUACACCGGUGUUUUCUAAACCUACACAAAUGCAAGAAUCUGAAGAUCUUCCAAGAAACAUGGCACCCCAUCGUGAGAAUGGAUCCUCCCAACCCGACGGCACUGUCUCCACUGGAUCACUUGACUAUGAGAUUCAUGUUACCAUGGAUGAGCAAAGCAUGCUGGGAAAUGGAUUCAGUAAUCCCCACGCUAUACUAGCCGAUGAGAGUCCAGGUGCUAUUGCUCCCAAGACUACUCUGGCAGCUACCAUUAUGAAGAGGGGGAGUCAAGACUCUGGAACGGAGGGACAUCUGAGUGAGACAGAGCACCCAGAAUUGAAGGUUUUAAACAGCUCAGCAAUGAGCUCCAGUAGCUCCAGCAGCGACUCCUCCGAGACAGAUUCCGACAGCUCCAACACCACCAGCUCCACCACCUCCAGUGAGGACCUCGGCUCCUUGCCUGGAUCCCCUCCAAAGAGCUCCUCGACCAGGAGCAGCAGGAGCAGUGGGAAGAGGAAGGGAAAGAAGGAGGUGGAGGGACAGAAGGAGAGCGAUGGAGUGAAGAAGAACGGGGCGACGGAGACGAUGGUUGGAGAGGAGACGAGGCUUGCUUGCAUCUCGUUGGGGAAACUGAUGCUGAAACCAGGAGACGGUCACACCAAGGAGCUGACAUCUUGCAUGGCGACGGUCGCCAAGGACUGGUUCCGCAUCACAAGCCAGAAGUCAUCUGACCCACAGCAGGUCAAGGGUUUCCUAGAGGUCAUCGCAAAGGAUGCUGGGAAGGCGGUCCUGGAGAGAAUUGUCAACAUUGCUGACAGCAAUGGUAACACGGCUCUCCAUUACUCGGUCUCCCACGGCAACUUCGACAUCGUCCUCCUCCUCCUCGACACUGAGGUGUGUCAGACAGACAAGCCCAACAGGGCGGGGUAUACCACCAUCAUGCUGGCUUCCUUGGUUCCUAUCCAGAAUGAGAAACAUGCCAAUGUGGUCUCCAGGCUCUUCAGAGAAGGCGAUGUCAAUCAGCGGGCUAGCCAGGCUGGGCAAACUGCUCUGAUGUUAGCGGUCAGUAAAGGUAGACUGGACAUGGUCAAGCUUCUAUUGACCUCCGGUAGUGAUGUCAAUACACAAGAUGAGGAUGGUUCUACAGCUUUGAUGUGUGCCAGUGAACAUGGUCAUCUUGAUAUUGUUAAAGUUCUACUCGCACAUCCACAAUGUGACACACACCUAGAAGAUAAUGAUGGAAGCAAUGCCUUUUCUAUCGCUAUGGAGGCUGGGCAUAAAGAUAUUGGUGUCUUACUUUAUGCUCAUAUGAAUUUCGGCAAGCAAUCCAGCUCAUCGAAAAAGAAAUCGCCUGGACCUUCAAGCCCUCAGCGCCACAUGUCAUCAAGUGCUAUGAAUCACCCUCGCAGUCAUUCCAUCAGCUUAUCACAAGGUCCUUCAAGAAGCACAUCUUCCUCCAGUAUUUCAAGUCUACCAGCACAAACUACCACCAGUCAUCAAGAAACCUCCUCCACCAUGACCAAGAGAGGGCGCUCCAUGUUAAACCUCAACACGGUCGCCAGCUCCUCAAGUCCGGCAAGCGGGGGCGCGAAUGGGUCGAGUGCCGCUACGACGAGCCGAUCGCAGACCACCUCACCUACUACCGAAGACCUUCCACCCGCGCAGCUCUUCCGAAGUCGAUCGCUGAGCCCAUCGUCCCGCACCCCAUCGUUCAAAGCACUCCAACUCCCGAAGGGACCUAACACGGGCCACUCGAGUCGCAUUCCUACCCCACCAAGUGGAUCGCCGAAGCGUGUCGCUGCAAUCCUUGCAGCCCAGCGGUCGUCGUCCGCACACUCCGCUCACCGCAACUGUGGCUCGCCUGCCAAUGGUGGGGAGAGUCCGGCUGCCCAGCGCAGGACGUCUCCCACCAAGAAGACGUAUGGUGCACAAGGUAAAGCCAACAGCACAGGUUCUAGCAGUGCAAGAAGUAGCCCAAGACAAACUCCAUUACAGAAGAAAGGCAUCAAACCGGCCAGUAAAUAUUCAACUGUCUGAGAACGAAAAUUAAUGAUUAUUGACUUUCGUGCAACAUGGAGAAUUGAUAAUGAUGAUAAUACUACAACAAAUAGGGGUUUGGAAAUGGUUUGGAUACUGUACAUAAGUCUGUUUUAAAGCAUUAUUUGUAAUGUCAACUGCAAUACUCUUCUAAUAAAAUGAGUAUUCUUGAACUGCUUGUCCAGAACAUUAGAGCAGCAUUCUAAUACAUGAAAACCUCUGGUGCUAUCUCUCUUUAUAAUAAUGACUAUUUUAAAAAGAUGAUACUAUGGUAAAGAAUCUUCAAAACUAAGGUGCUAUAACUCUCUUGAACAAAGAAUUUCCAUGAAAAAUUGCUAUGCAAGAUGUAUUUAAACAAAAUAAUUUUUCAACAAAAAAUAAUUCAAGAUUUCAAGAAUUUGUGAAGAAAGUACAUGUAGAUGAUAAAUAAAAUUGAUUUUUCCCCAUUAAAAUGAGUUGAAGAUGCUGAAGCAAGAUUAAAAGAAGGCAUAUCAGUAAAAAAAACAAGAAUUUAUUGGAUACUGCAAUGAUCUUGAAGGGGGAAAAUGAAAUCAGAACAAGAUUUAAAGUAUCAAUCAAGAAAUUGAAAUAUAGAUUGGAUCAUAUCUUGUAAUUAAAGUAAAUGGAGCAAAAGUCAAAUACUGUCUUGAAAAAAAAGAAGAAAAGGCAGAAGUAUAAAAGCAAGAUUCAAAGUAUCAAUCAAGAAAUUGAAACAUAGAUUGGAUACUAUCUUGUAAUUAAAGUAAAUGGAGCAAAAUUCAAUACUGUCUUGAAAAAAAAGAAGAAAAAAGACAGAAGUAUAAAAGCAAGAUUCAAAGUAUCAAUCAAGAAAUUGAAACAUAGAUUGGAUACUAUCUUGUAAUUAAAAUAAAUGGAGCAAGAUUCAAAUACUGUCUUUAAAAAAAGAAGAAAAGGCAGAAGUAUAAAAGCAAGAUUCAAAGUAUCAAUCAAGAAAUUGAAACAUAGAUUGGAUACUAUCUUGUAAUUAAAGUAAAUGGAGCAAGAUUCAAAUACUGUCU